GAUGCUGAUGCGGAGAUGGGCGGGGGCUCAGGGGGGAAUCCGGACUUUCCUAUGGCUUCGCUGUACGUGGGCGACCUGCACCCUGAGGUGACGGAGGCAAUGCUGUACGAGAAGUUCAGCCCAGCCGGGCCCAUCCUCUCUAUCCGCAUUUGCAGGGACAAGAUCACCCGCCGCUCGUUGGGCUAUGCGUAUGUCAACUACCAGCAACCGGUAGACGCCAAGCGGGCCCUGGAGACCCUGAACUUUGAUGUCAUCAAGGGCAGGCCAGUUCGCAUCAUGUGGUCCCAGCGGGACCCCUCGCUCCGCAAGAGCGGGGUGGGCAACGUCUUCAUCAAGAACCUGGGCAAAACCAUCGACAACAAGGCGCUGUACAACAUCUUCUCGGCGUUCGGCAACAUCCUCUCCUGCAAAGUGGCCUGCGACGAAAAGGGGCCCAAGGGCUACGGGUUCGUGCACUUCCAGAAGCAGGAGUCCGCCGAGAGGGCCAUUGAUGCGAUGAAUGGCAUGUUCCUGAACUACCGCAAAAUUUUCGUUGGGAGAUUCAAGUCGCAUAAGGAACGAGAGGCCGAAAGGGGAGCCUGGGCCAGACAGUCCACCAGUGCUGACGUCAAGGAUUUCGAGGAAGACACCGAUGAGGAGGCCACCUUGCGAUGAAGACAUCCCAGGAGCGAGCCAGCCAGCAGAGCCAAACCUUGGCUCCCACCCGGUUUACAGCCCCACCCUUUGCCCCCCUAACCCACCAGCAGUGUAUUGUAUUGGGAGUGCAGGUCUCUGUCUCUCACAACCGCCCCCCCGCCCCCCACCCCCGUCUUCCUUCCCUCCAUCUCUCCCUCCCUCCACCUGUCUCAGUCCCUCUCACUCUGUGUCUCUCUCUGACUUUCUCUCCACUCCCCUGUCGUCCCUACCUCUCCUCUCCCCUCCCUUCCCCCCACACCCACCUUGGGUGCUGUGAAUAAUCUUGCUAAUCUGUGCCACUUGACAGGUUAAAGGCUGUCUUCUCCUUGUGGUUUGGUUUAAAAAGCACUUUCUCUCUUUGUUUAUUGCACAGGUGAUACAAUUUCAUGGUAGAAACAUCAGGAAGGAGAAGGAAAUCAGAUGAGGGAAACCCAAGAGAGUAAUUGCUCCCCAUGACCUUACUACCGGGAGACAACCACUUUUACCAUUUCCGUGUGCUGUUUUCCAGGCUCUCUCCUCUCCUCUCUCCCUCCCUUCCUCACCUCCACCCCACCUUCCCUUUUAACACACUGUUAUAGAAUGGUUCAUGUAUGUGGUGUUUCUUAAUCUGCUUUUUCAAAAACUAAAACCAAACAAAAAUCAACCCAUUGAACUUCUUUCCAUGUUAUUCAACAGGCUUCAGAACCGUCAUCUUCAGUGCCUGAAGAGUGUAUCGAUGGACCCUAACAUUUCUGUAGUCAUUCCUGCAUUGUUGGACAUUCAGGUGGUGCCUAGUUCUUUCCCUGUGUUUAAACCCAGCAUUGUGUAUACUGCAAUGAGUGAAUUCUCCCUUGUCAAGCCAAAUCUUCACAAGCAUACCUGAUGAUCUUAAUUGUGGACUUGCAGGAUCCACAUAUGGACAUUUUAAAGACUUUUCCUGUGUGUUGCCAAAUGGCCCCUUCAUAAGCAUUGUACCGAUUUUCAUUCAUGCCAGCCAGCUCAGCUAGUAAAAAGAGUAUGCCCAUUUCCCCUGCAUAGUCUCCUGGUCACUGUAAUUGAUGUGUGUGUGUGUGUGUGUGUGUGUGUGUGUGUGUGUGUGUGUGUGUGUGUGUGUGUGUCUUGGCCAGCUUGAUGGGCUGCAAAUGGUAUUUCACUGUCCUUGGUUGUUUUGCUGAAUUUAAAUACUGUUUUUCCCCUGUGCCUACUUCCUGCCCUUUUCCCCAUUCUCAGAAAAAUAAUUCAGCUUCAUUUCAGGAAACAAAUCACAAAGCGGACAAGUUAACAGAAGAAAAUUAAUGUCACCUGUAAUCAAUCCUAAUGAGCACCCAUACCUCCCUGAAUCAUUUUCAUCUGUACCUGUCUAAUAUUUUCUAAGAACUACCUGCAACAUUUUUGGCUGUACCUCUCUAGUAUUUUUCUGAUUCAUAUGUCAUGUAUGUAUAUAAUAAUGUACAUAUUGUUUUUAUACCUGCUUUUUCACACUUAAAUGUGUGUGUGUAUAUUUAUACACACACAUACUCUUGAACUUCAUUUCAUGUCAUUAAAGAUUAUUUAAAAAUAUUUUCUUUGGCUGUUAAUAUUUCAUUGAAUUGAUGACUUAAUAGGUGGAUAUAUAUGUGUACACUUCCUGCCCUUUUUCCCAUUUUCAGAAUAAUAUUUCAGCUUCAUUGAAGGAAAAAAUUACAAAGCAGACAACUUAUCCAUGUCUAUAUCUCUGUGUUUGUGUGUAUAUGUAUUUUAACUACUUCCUCAUUGUUGAACAUGUAAGUUGUUGCUCAUUUUUGUUUAUACAAACAGAGCUGUCAAGUGCAUCAUAGUGCACAAAUCUCACUGACUUUCCAGAUUAUUUUCUAAACAAAUAUUGCAGAUAGGAAAAUUUAAGUAUCAAAGGAUAUGGGCAGUUUGGUGGCGAAGUGCAUUAAUAAAUGGCCAUCUAUAAAGAUAGUAUCCGUUUACAUUUGUAAGAUGCACCAAUAUUGUAAGGGGAGCUGGAUUACGUGUAUAAUUUUCUGUACUUGGUAUUGCAAUCAUCUCUGCAUUUACUCAAUAUUUUAUCAGGAGCUUUCUUGUUUUUAUUUAUUUUAAACAUUUUAUACAGUCUGUACAUGAUUAUAAUAGAAAAUAUUUGUAACUGUUAAUAUAGCAAAAGAAUUAUCACUCCUAAUACC